UCCCCCGCGAGUGCUACUCAAGCUUCGCUACAAUGUCAGCACUUCCUACCGGGGACAAAGCUCAUAGCGACUCGGCCAUCAUCUCGACAGAGGCGGUCGAGUCGACUACCAGAGAUCCUGCGACUGCUGACCCAGAGAAGAACACAUACGAGAUCACGGCUUUGAGCUCAGCUGAAAGUGAUGAAUAUCCCCUUCCCACCGAAGAAGAAGAGAAGACUCUUCGCAAGGUUGCCGGCAAUAUGCCUCUUGUGUCCUUUUCGCUGUGUCUGGUCGAGUUUGCCGAACGUGCAUCGUACUAUGGGGCAAAAACAGUCUUCUCCAACUUCAUCCAGUUUCCCCUUCCUGAGGGUGGUAAUGGAGCCGGUGCUCCUCCUCGAGGCACCCAAAAAACGGCCGGCGCUCUGGGAAUGGGUCUCCAAGCUAGUUCUGGGCUUACAUUACUCUUCUCCUUCUUGGCUUAUGUGUUGCCUAUCCUUGGUGGCUGGUGGGCUGAUGUAUACGUCGGUCGAUACUACGCGAUCUGCGUUGGCGUGCUGAUCUGUGGUGUUGCUCAUCUCAUUCAAAUCUUCGGCGCUAUACCCUCCGUGUUGGCGAGAGGGACUGGGAACUCUGCCCCGCCAUUUAUCAUCGGUCUGCUGUUGCUGGCAGUUGGCGCGGGAAUCUUUAAACCUAAUAUUGCACCCGUCGUUCUCGACCAAAACCGUCACCAGAAAUCCUAUACCAAGGCCCUCAAGUCAGGCGAAAAAGUGAUCGUGGAUCCCGAACUAACCAGCCAGCGCACGAUGCUCAUUUUCUAUGGCUUUGUCAACAUCGGUGCCUUCUUCAUGCUUGCUACGACAUAUUCGGAGAAAUACAUCGGUUUCUGGCUCGCCUUCUUGCUUGCGGGCAUCAUCUACUUCCUUCUCCCUAUUCUUCUUUUUGCUGUUUACAGAAAAACCUACCGAGAGCCGCCGAGUGGACAUUCCGACCUCGGUAACAUCAUUAGGAUCAUUUCCACGGCUCUCCGACGUAACAAUUUCAAAGUGUGGAAGAAGAACUUCUUUGACGCGGCCAAGCCCAGCGUUCUCGCGACUCAAGGCGUCCAAGUCGCAUGGUCCGAUAAAUUAGUCGACGACGUGCGCAGAACCCUUGUGGCCACCGAAAUAUUCUUCUACUUCCCGAUCUGGGUCAUGAACGACGGCGGUAUCGGAUCCGUGUCCUCCAACCAAGGUGCCUCAAUGGUCACCAACGGCGCUCCCAACGAUCUUCUCAGCAACUUCAACGCCCUUACCAUCAUCGUCUCCGUGCCCUUCCUCAGCUACGUCUUCUACCCCUUCCUCACCCGCCACAACAUCAAAUUCGGCCGCAUCAGCCGCAUCACCGUCGGAUUCAUCCUCGCCGCCAUCUCCGGCCUCAUCGGCGCCAUCGUCCAGUGGCGCGUCUACAAAACCUCCCCCUGCGGCUACCAGGCCUCGACCUGCGACGACGUCAGCCCGCUCAGCAUCUGGUGGCAGAUCCCCAACACCGUCCUCGGUGCCUUCUCCGAAUGUCUCUGCAACGUGACCGCCUACGAGCUCGCCUACGCCCGCUCCCCACCCAGCAUGCGCGGCCUCGUCAUGGCCAUCUUCCUCUUCAUGAACGCCCUGUCCAGCGCUUUUGGCGAGAUCCUUAUCCCUGUCACCCAGGACCCGUAUCUGAUUUGGAUCUGGGGCGCCCCUGCCGUGGCGCUGGCGCUGCAGACCAUCGUCUUCUGGUUCCGAUUCAAGCACCUGAACGACGACGAGUAUAUGAUCGAUGAGAAGGAUUAUGAGCAGGAGAGCACGACUGGGAUUGUUUCUGAGGCGCGCGAUGAGAAGCGGACUUGA